CCUAAAUUUUUAAGAAAAAUUCCCGGGAAUUUCUUCCCAGCCAAAUUCCCUAAACUUUGCGGGAACGAUUUUUUGUGCCCGAGAUUUUUUGGGUAAGAAAAUCCAUGUCCGAGAUAUCUCAGGCAAGAAAAGUGUACUUUUAGCCAGUCACCCACACAUAAAAAAAAAUCCGGUAAUUUUAUAAAAGUUCAAUGUUUGGGGCCCCCUAUUGUUAACUGGUACAAUUGUGGACACCAGCAAGGUAGCAAAGAGGAUAAGAGGAUGGCCUUGAUCACUUUGUCGAUUAUAACCAGUAUUGGUGACAAGAAGGCAGACACUCUCAAGGAGCCUUUGUUUUGCAGUUCCUUUGUGGAACGAAUUGUUGGUCCAUUCAUGCCUGAGUCGGAGGAUAUUGUGUUGAAAGGGAGUUCUGAGGAGUUACAAGGUUCCAAAGCCAGACGGGAAAAUACUGGCAGAGUCCCAGAUCUUUUUCUCUGCGUUAACAUGUCCGAUUUUAAUCAUGCUUUUUUUAUUUCUGAAGUCAAAUCUCUGUCAUACAGGAGAUCUGACCGAAGGCCUUCAGAUCCUGAUUUCGUAAAGAUGGUAAAUGAAAUAAAGGAUGGAAUCGAUUGCAUGGGCAAUAUUUCCAAGGAGUGUAAAACAGUAUAUGCUUUAUUAGUACAAGGGGACAGAUGCAGGAUCUUUGCUUUGGACUUGCAAUUUUAUAAACUCUACAGGUUGAAUAUGCUUAAACAAUUCUAUCUUCCCGUUGAUAAGUUUGACAUGCAACGCUUGGACGGGUGCUAUAGCGCACUGUCAUCGCUGAAGGUGAGUAAAAUAAUCACUUAACUUUAUACAUGUUGUAUCCACAAUAUAUGAUAUUUUCAAUAAUUCUGAGCAAUUUUUUGGCUUGAUAGGACGUACGGGGACGACGUUUUACUAUACAAAAAAUUCAAUUCAAAACAGCUUGUUAAGCGAAAAAAAAGGAGCAAGAAAGAGUUGAUUGUCAAUAUUGGGUUUCUAAUGGGAAGCAUGCAUUAAA